AUGACAAUUGAAGGGGCCUACAUUGACUUUGCUUGUCCAAAGGUCGCAAAAGACGAAAAUGAAUUCCGAGGCAAGCUGCUGAGUCAAAGGUGGACCCGCGGGGAGAAAAUCAACAGUUGUGAGUCAGCCCCAAAUCUCCACAAGAGACACAUCAAGAUGAGUUUAGAGAAUGAGGAUAAACGAGCACGAACACGGUCCAAGGCAGUCAGAGUACCGACAGAACUCAUUGGGCAGGAGUUGAGCUGUCCCACUCCAGGAUGCAACGGAUCCGGACACAUUCGAGGAAAGUACGCGAGACACAGGAGUUUACAAAGCUGCCCUCUGGCGAAGAAGAGGAAACUUCAACACGUAGAAGCAGGGCACCUGGCGCCCAAGAGGAAGUCGCAUCCCUUGAAGCUCAGCCUUGACGAGGGCUACAAUGUGGACAGUGAUGGGAGCGAAGAGGCCGAAGCCAAGCAGGACUCUGUGACGGACGAUUCCGAAGGCACCCUGGAAGAGGAAGACGAGGGAGAAGCCCUGGCCCAAAAGGAGGCAUCCAGCAGCCCUCCCUUGGAAGAAGGCCAAAGAACGGAAGGAACUCUCGCCUCUAAACGGCCAGUGUCGGAAAGCGAAGGCGAGGUCUCCAGCAAAGAAGAAGAAGAGGAGGAGGAGGAGGAGGAAGAGGAGGAGGAGGAGGAAGAAGAAGAGGAAGAGGAAGAAGAGGAAGAAGCGGUUGCGGAGGAAUGCGAAAAGGAGAUCAUCAUCCAUACAGAAGAUGCCGAAGAAGUCAUCGAGGUCACCAGCGAAAGGAGCAGUGACUUGUGCCUGGAACAUCGGGAGGAUGAGGCGAGCUGUGAGGACUCGUGCAAACUCCAAAAAGAGGAGGAGGAAGAAGAGGAGGAGGAGGAGGAGGAGGAAGAAGAAGAAGAAGACCAUGAAGAAGAAGAAGAGGAGGAGGAGGAAGAAGAGGAGGAGGAGGAAGAAGAAGAAGAAUACGAAGAGGAGGAGGAGGAAGAGGAGGAAGAGGAAGUGAUGGCUGAUGUCAUCUGCCAAGAAGCACCUCACACGUCUCAGGGCAGCCCCCAAACUCACUGUGAACGGCAGGCGGUCGACCCCAAGCCGGAAUAUUCCGUCAUUGUGGAGGUGAGGUCGGACGAUGAAAAGGAUGACGACACCCACUCGCAGAAGUCCACCGUGACCGACGAGUCCGAAAUGUACGAUAUGAUGACGCGGGGGAACCUGGGCCUGUUGGAGCAGGCCAUCGCCCUGAAAGCGGAACAGGUCAAGGUGGUGAGGGAGCCCGGGCAGCAGGUGACGGGAGAGCACGCGAAACAUUUCCAAGCGGAGGAGAAGCAGAACAAGACCUUGGACUCCAUCAGGAAGAACUAUUACAGCAAAGAUUCUUCAAGACCCGAGAAGCGUGAAAUCAAAUGUCCCACUCCAGGCUGUGAUGGCACCGGUCAUGUCACAGGACUCUAUCCUCACCAUCGCAGCUUGUCUGGUUGCCCGCACAAAGACAGGAUUCCACCGGAGAUCCUGGCCAUGCACGAGAAUGUAUUAAAAUGCCCAACACCUGGAUGCACCGGACAGGGCCAUGUAAAUAGCAACCGCAAUACUCACCGAAGCUUAUCUGGCUGUCCCAUUGCAGCUGCUGAAAAAUUAGCCAAAACUCAUGAGAAGCAACAGCCUGCAUCCAGCGACCCUUCGAAAAAUCACUCAAAUUCAGAUCGGAUCCUCAGGCCUAUGUGUUUUGUGAAGCAACUCGAGGUGCCUCAGUAUGGGAGUUACAGGCCCAACAUGGUUCCUUCCACGCCAAGGGCCAACUUGGCCAAGGAGCUGGAGAAGUACUCCAAAGUCACCUUCGAUUAUGCAAGUUUCGAUGCUCAGGUUUUUGGCAAACGCAUGCUUGCCCCAAAGAUUCAGUCUAGCGAAACCUCACCUAAAGCCUUUAAAUGCAAACCUUUUCCAAAGGUUUCCACUUCCCCCAGCCACAGCCCUUCCAGCAGUUACGUGAAGAACGCUUCGUCUUCGUCCACAGGCUUCGACUACUCUCACGACGCCGAAGCCGCCCACAUGGCCGCCACGGCCAUUUUGAACCUCUCCACCCGCUGUUGGGAAAUGCCUGAAAACCUCAGCACCAAGCAGCAAGACCUCUCCAGCAAGUCCAUGGACAUCGAAGUGGAUGAAAACGGGACUCUGGACUUAAGCAUGAACAAGCACCGCAAACGUGAGAACGCCUUCCCUAACAGCAGCAGCUGCAGCAGUAGCCCCAGCAUCAAAUACCCCGACGUGUCCCAACGCCAAAACUGCACCAGUGCCACGAGCAGCACCAUGACCUCACCCCAGUCCAGCCACACCUCUCGCCAGGAUGAGUGGGACGGGCCCAUCGACUACACCAAACCAAAUCGGCAACGAGAAGAGGAACUGGAGGAGUCGGAGCCUGCCGCCCGUUCAUUCGCCUCCUCGGAAGCCGACGAACAAGAAGUCCCAGAGGAAAACUUUGAGGAAAGAAAAUAUCCAGGGGAAAUCACCUUAACCAACUUCAAGCUGAAGUUCCUUUCCAAGGAAAUCAAGAAAGAGUUACUCACUUGCCCUACCCCAGGCUGUGAUGGCAGCGGACACAUCACGGGAAAUUAUGCUUCUCAUCGCAGCCUUUCUGGUUGUCCUCUUGCUGACAAGAGUCUCAGAAACCUCAUGGCUGCCCACUCUGCUGACCUCAAGUGCCCAACUCCUGGCUGUGAUGGGUCCGGUCAUAUAACAGGAAAUUACGCAUCACAUAGGAGGUGCCCCGUUCCUGGCUGUGUUGGACUCGGACACAUCAGUGGCAAAUACGCCUCCCAUCGCAGUGCCUCAGGUUGUCCCCUUGCAGCCCGGAGGCAGAAGGAAGGCUCUCUCAACGGCUCCACCUUUUCAUGGAAGUCGCUCAAGAACGAGGGUCCGACCUGCCCAACUCCGGGCUGCGACGGUUCAGGUCACGCCAAUGGAAGCUUCCUCACUCACAGAAGCUUAUCGGGGUGUCCAAGAGCUACUUUUGCUGGAAAGAAAGGGAAAAUCUCAGGGGAUGAUAUUCUCAACACUAAAUUCAAGACCAGCGAUGUUCUAGAAAACGACGAAGAAAUCAAACAGUUAAACAAAGAAAUCAGUGAGCUGAAUGAAUCCAACACCGAGAUGGAGGCAGCGAUGGUGAAGCUGCAGUCGCAGAUCUCCAGCAUGGAGAAGAACCUCAAGAACAUCGAAGAGGAGAACAAGAUGAUAGAGGAGCAGAACGAAGCCCUCUUCCUUGAGCUCUCAGGGCUGAGCCAGACCCUUAUCCAAAGUCUUGCCAAUAUCCGCCUUCCACACAUGGAGCCAAUCAGUGAGCAGAACUUUGAUGCCUACGUGAACACCCUUACCGAUAUGUAUACCAAUCAAGAAUGCUACCAGAAUCCCGAAAACAAGGAUCUGCUGGAAAGCAUCAAACAGGCCAUUAAAGGAAUUCAGGUCUAA